AUGGGUGAGACAUCUGGUUCUGAGAGUGAGAAGGUUAUUGAAGACCAUCCUGCUACAGAAAAGGCACCUCUAGUUGCUGUUGUUGAUUCUCCAGUAAAAAUCCCAUACCCUCAGAGGCUUAGGAAAACUACUCUUGAUAAACAGUUUUCUAAGUUCUUAGAGGUGUUCAAAAAGUUACACAUUAACAUCCCUUUCACUAAAGCUUUAGAACAGAUGCCCAGCUAUGUAGAGUUCAUGAAGGAGAUUUUGUCCAAAAAGAGAAAAAUGGAUGAUUAUAAGACUAUAGCCUUGACAGAGGAGUGUAGUGCUAUUCUACAAAGGAAACUCCCCCAGAAACUGAGAGAUCCAGGAAGCUUCACUAUUUCUUGCACUAUCGGGAGUUUUGAAUGCAAGCAUGCUUUGUGUGAUUUUGGGGCAAGUAUUAAUUUGAUGCCUUUAUCUAUGUUUCGGAGGCUCGGUCUUGGUGAAGCAAAGGCUACUACUAUUACUCUUCAACUCGCAGAUUGA